GAGUAUUUAUUCCAAAUAUUUUCGAUAACUAUUUCACCCAUGUCUGUUAAUUAAGUAUGUAUGAAAUUAUAUAAGUAUAUCCAAUUAAAAUACUUAUUUAAAAUCUGAACUUUUUACCCGGCAGCUAUCCACAUAGAAAUAACGUACAAUUUGAAAUUAAUAAAAACUGUAAUCCGAAACCCAAUAGUUAUAAUUUUUUUAUUAUUGUUAAUUAGCUAUUAUAAUAACAUUUCAAUUAUUGUAGGUUAUAUAGGCGCCAAAUAGGCGUCAGAAUAGGCCUUCGGGCCCACUCUCGAACAUAGAACCAUACGAAUAAAAAAAAUAAAAAAUUGUAACAACGUGGUGAUUAAUUUGUUUAUGUCAGAUACCAGCCGGUUACCAUCAUGGUUUGAUUCAUUACAAAGCAACGAGCGCGGCCGUCGAUCAAACUUUUCAAAAGCAGCUCGGCUGCUGCAGUCAUGCUUGGACAAUUCGCAGUGGUCAAAGCCAGAGUGGUCUAGAAGUGGAGAGGAGUAACCACAGAUUGACCGACCUAGGGCCGGCCGAGGGACAUGGACCGGAUAUUUCGGGGCAUAAUGAAGUAUAGACGGACGAAUAGGGGGAAAAUGGUCGAGCAAUUCGUACAGGUGAAAAACCACCCAGAGCCUAAGGCUUUGUUUUUCACUUGUAUGGACAGCCGUAUGUUGCCGGCCAGAUUUACCGAAUCCAACGUCGGCGACAUGUUCAUCGUCCGAAACGCCGGAAAUCUUAUUCCACAUUCGCAGCAUUUCCCGGACGAAUACACUUCGUGUGAACCGGCCGCCUUGGAGUUGGGGUGCGUGCAUAAUGACAUAAGGCACGUCAUCGUUUGCGGGCAUUCUGACUGCAAAGCAAUGAACCUGUUGCACCUGCUCCGGGACACGGAAUACGGUAGCACCGUCAACCGCCGGAAGUCACCUCUCCGAGCUUGGCUCUGCUCGCACGCGAUGUCGUCUUUGGAAAAGUAUCAACAGCUUGAGGCAGCCGGCUUCGGCACCCCUCUCGUUUUCCAGGCUGAGACGCCAUUGCGCCGGAUAAGCGCUUACAUCGACCCGGAGGACAAACUUUCCGUCACCGACAAGUUGUCGCAGGUCAAUACCCUACAGCAAAUUCAAAACAUCGCCAGCUACGAUUUCCUCAAGAAGCGCCUGGAGACGUACGAUCUGCACAUACACGCCCUUUGGUUUGACAUAUAUACCGGUGACGUACACUACUUCAGUAGACAGAGCAAACAGUUUGUAGAAAUAAAUGAAAAAAACGUGGACGGAUUAGUGGAAGAGGUCUCGAAGUACUAUUGCUAAGAAUAACAUUACGGUCGAGGUGACAUCCUUCCAUCCAUCCAUCCAUUCCACGAAGGCACACACGCUCACCCACGUGAAGACUUAACUAGGUGCUUAAUAUUAAUUAAGACUAGUGGCGUAGCCAGGGGGAUUCAGGCGUUUGACCCACCGGCCUCAAUACCUUGUUUUCAAAAAAAAAUAUUAGAUUUCGCAUUUCAAAUAUUAAACGAAAAAAGUAAAUAAAAUAAAAUGGCUAGCAAAAAAACACAAUAAACAUCGUUAAUAUAAUGACCAGUGAUACCCAUAAAAAAUGCUAACAAUAUAUAUUAAUAAUAUACAACUCUCAAUGAAUAAUAGAUAUUGUUAGGUUUACAGUUCAUAAAUGCAAUAAUCAUAAUUGACUGUUGUAGGUUAACUAUAACAGCCCAGUUAGUAUAAUAUAUUAUGAUAAUGUGAUGAUUUAUUUAUGUUCGAUACCGGCCAGUGUUCGUCAUAUUUUUAUUCGUUAUGGGUACAACAUGGAGAAACAAAAUUUAGAAAUGUACAUAUUGUCUAAAGAACAGUCCAAAUCUAAUUUGUUUCCGGAAAGCACGCGGGAUGAUAAAAAAAAAUAUAUCAGGCGUAAAAAGAAACUUAACGUUAGGAUACGACUUCCACAGAUUCCAUGAAAAACUUCACUUACAGGUGCAGAAUCUAUUGAUUUAAAUCCUCCGAUUUCCAAUCUAUCUUCUUUUGAUCUAACCUUAUGAUCAUAAAAAAAAAUAAGUCAGCGCUCAAAUGUAUUUCGCGUUACUAUUAUUAUUAUUACUUUAAGUUUGCGUUAUUAUUUAUAUUUAUAUUUAUUUUUAUAUUUUUUCUACCUAAUCACAUUAUGUCAUUUCCCGUUACUGUAAUUACUACUAUAUACAUUCUUACGAUUUAGUUAUUGUAAUAUUUAUUAAUUUAGUAAAACUAUAAUAGGUACAGGCCAAAACCUAACAGUGCAAGAAUAAUAGCAUAUAAUUAAUAGCAAAUUGAUAUUACCUACUUAAUAAUUACAAAAAAAAAAAAACAAAUUAUUAUGAUUAUAAUUUUAAUAAAAUACAACAUUUUGAGAUUAAUAAAUUCCGGCGCACUAUCCAUCGGAAUCUAAAAUUUAAAAUAAUAAACUUUAAAAACGUACGUCGUGGUCGUAGGAAUCAAAAUAUUAUAUAUGGCCGUAAUUUGUAAAGGUAAGUAAAAAGUAAAUUUUUCCAGAAAUCAAAUAAUAAUCACGCACAUAAUGUGACUAUACCUACAACGCGUAAUGGUGUGCACAUAUCAUAUUAUAAUAUAAUAUUAUGGCAGAGCGAGUUGUACGCGUAAAAAUAGUAUGCAUUAAAUAUGAUUAUAUAUACGUUUAUCAUUUUUUUUUCUCGUUUGGUGGAAACGUACACACAAUUUACGGAAGCACACACACAAACGACAGCGUAAAAUUACAACGUCGAUUUACGAAUUCACGAUUCGUAAGCUCACCUCCUUUGAAAGGUUGACAGUUACCGGAGCGGGGCCUUUCUAUAAUAUAUACGUAGGUAUUAUAAUAUGUACACGAUAGAGAAUUUAAAUAUUUAAAUUUUGAAUUCAUUUCACACGCACAAAAAAAUAUAACCAAGCUUGUCGUGGUGGUUUCGCGAUAUAUACAUAAUAUAUUAUACCCGAAUAAAUGUACCAUCACAAAUCUAAUUAUUUUUCCACGCUCCAGAUGAAUUCACAAUUUAAACAUUUCGAAUAAAAAAAAGAACUCUGAGUAAAUUUGUACAACGAGACUCGGGCGUAUUGGCUGUGUGAAAUGUAACGACAAUAUUGUUUGUGUAACCGUCGCAUAAAUAUUAUAUAUAUACAUUAUAUGUUGUACGACCAUUAUAAUAUAUACGAGUGGGCACGUGCCGACUUAUUUGUUCGAUUGAGACUAUUUAGCUACAGCAUCUCCCUCUCUCUCUCUCUCUCUUUCUCUCUCACUCUCCAUAACAGUUUCCGAUUCGCGUCACGUGGGUAUAAUACGAGUAUAUUAGCUUAGGUUUUAUCGAGCAGCUUAAUAACGUUCCGUUACUUACAUAAUAGCUACAGUCGGUCGCAACGGCAGACGAGGUAUUAAUCUGCAGAGCCAGAUUAAAGCUAUUAGGCCCAUUCAAUUUACAUUUCAUCCUCUUAAAAAAAAUAUAACCAAAUACCGUAUUGAAAUGUUUAUCCUAUAUUUAUGUCCUAUAUAAUUAAUACGUAUUACGCAAAUAAUCUUAAACGAAAUAAAAUGUACCUAUAUAAUAUAUUAUAUAGCUAACGAAUAAAAGCAAGUCAAAUUGAAUUUAAAUAGUUAUACGAUUAUUCUUAAAAGGAUGGUAAAUUUCAUAAUUUAUACUUAGGCAUUCACGACACGAACAACCGCCGCGGAUAACUUGCAACUAUGUUUUUUUUAUAAAUUAUCUAAUAGACAGCUAGUAGAGAGGUACAUCUGUGUCUGGUAUCUAUGGGGGGGGAUACUUCAGCUUCCAUACCUCCCCCCCACGUGUGUCACCCCCGAUUAUUUGUCACGUGUUCGGGUAUUAUAAUAUUAUGCAAUUGUUGAUGUCGUACUUGUGGAACUGUAAAUAUUUUAACACUAUAAUAUUGCAAAGUCACUUAACAGGUAGGUACGUAGUGUUGUAUGCGUACAAAUCGUAUGGAUUCAAUGUCAACUCGUUAUUCAUCGCCGUGUCGAUGUGUGUGGGUAAAGGUACCUUCAAUUAAGUCGAUGAAAAACAAAAGUGACUCUUCGGGCUAAAAUUAGCAUAAUAUAUUAUUAUAACUUUCACUUGUCAGAUGUCCCACGGCCGCGAAACAUUUAUUCAUCGGAGACGGCGAAAUUUUUCGUAAAACACGCGGUAAGAACUAAUUUUUUUCGUCAAUUUCGUCGCCGAAAUCGGACCUACGCGAUAAAGUAUUACUUGUGUACAUAGCUGCGACAGAUUCGUGCGAACAACUGUGCUAUUGAAAGUACACUAAACUACACUAUAGAGUUUUUUUUUUUUAAUUUAUGUUUUCCAUGCACGGGGCCCGUCCACAAUAAAUCACACUAAAACCUAAACUUUUGUGUAUUACUGCCAAUAUAUAUGCGCACCUGUGGUUUGUAAAAAAAAAAAAUCUUUACGUAUUUUAUAAAUGUAUUAUAUUGUUUGCGACAAACGACAAUAUAUUAUAAAUACGUCUGUCUGGUUACAGCUGACGAUAACAAUCCCUAUAUUAUGCACAGUGUAAUACUACCAUUUUACCGUUUUCAGUUUGACGUACCGUACAUUAUUAUAUUUUAUAUAGGUACUAUAGGUAUUUUAUUAUCAAACAUUUUAAAAUUUUAUAAAUUCACAAUUUACAUUUUCUUAGUUUUCGAUAAAAACGUUUGUGAUUUGUAUAAUAUGCAUUUAAAUAGUGUGAUUGUUAAAAUUCCUAACUCAUGAAAUUAUUUGGAUAGUACAGAAUUUUAAAUGAUCUGCGCAGCAAUUAUCACGAUAAUUGCUGUUCGCAGUAUUUUUCUCUUUUUUUUCUGUUACAAGAGGACCUUAAACCAGUAAUCACCAUAAAACAGGUAUAAUUAUGUUUGGUAACUAGUCGAAAUUACCAAUAGUGUAAAUCACAUUGAAAAACGAAACUGUCGAAAAUAUCGUUGUUGCCGUCGAUGCAUAACACAAUAUAUUAUGAGAAAUCCGGUAUUUUCGGUAACACACUGGUAAACGCACCGGUUUGAGUAUUUAUAUACCGAACUACACCGACAAUUAAAUAAAAUUCCGUCAGCCCUUACAUAGGCAUUGAAGCAACAGGUUUUCAAUCGACGGUAGAGUUGCCGAAACAUUAUCGAUUUCCAAAAUAUACUCAUCCAAUCCAAAUAUUUAAAAUACGCAAAAAAUGUCACCACAGCAGCAGCGUUAUUAUUUUAUUCGCAAACGUUUAGUCGAGAACGCUCCGCCGGAGGGGACAUCGAUAAAAAAAAUCGCAUUCAACGAACGGUAAAUAUUAUCUACAUCUGCGUUGUAUAAUAAUGUAAUAUAGAAAAAAAAUUAGAUUCAUUAUAUUAUGUUGAUCAUUUAUAAAUCCUUUUUGUACCUACCGGCGGGGCAAGUGGCGUAUCGAGCAAAAUAUAAUACAAACUUUUAUUAUAGGUACACGCGUUUGGUGAAUUUAGCUGAGACUUAAAAUAUUUGUUUUAAUUCGAAUUUCCGAGUCUAAUCAAAAGUCAAAAAAUGUCUGCGUUCACCUCGUGCAAAUUUUACUGUAGGUAGGUAACUAUAUAUUAUAUACUUUAUAAAGUGUUGAAACUUGAAACCCGUUCGAAUUCUGUAUACAAUUAUAGAUGGUAUAGGUACAUUGAAAAAUUGAGACUGCGACGAUUAAUUAUUAUUAUGAAUUAGGCACGCCCGCUGUGGAGUCUCUCCGGGAUAACGUCAUCGGACGACCUAAGAGCAUGUAUGACAUAGAUAGGUUAUACCUCUUUAAAUACUCAUAUGAAACGCGAUAAUGGUGCAAUAGGUGAUCGCAGAUGGACGCCACAAAAUAAAAUUGUUUUGAUGUGUCGUUUGGUAGAAACCACUAAAUUUAAUCUAUUUGCUAUAGCCAAGCCGAAACACACUUGUUAAGCGAACGUUCGGGUAGCAUAUGUGUUGUCUCCAUCUUACAAAAUACAUAGCCAAAAACUGUUAUGCUCGUAACAACUUUACUCCCUCUGUAUUCGUAGUAGAAUUACCAAAAUUCCACAACGCAUAGUGAACACCUUUGUCUGUAACUCAAUGUUUUUAUUUUUUGGAUAACAUUAAUAGGUACAAGUUACCAGUUAGAGAACAUUGGGUUUUUUUUUUUUUUUUUUUUCAUUUAGUUAUUAAAAAUGAUUGGUCAUCAAACAAAUUAAAACGCUACGUCGCAGAUAAAGUUAUUCCCUAUGCGUUGUGGAAUUUUGGUAAUCUACUAUAAAUGAAGAGAAAGAAAAGUUGUUACCCCUCAAAACAGUUUUUGGCUAUGUUGUACAUUUGUAAGACGGAGACAAUACAAUAUUCGGAUAGCACGUUCACUUAAGUGCAAACGGUGAGCACAAUUUAAGUUCCCAGUGGUGGGUUAAGAAAAUAUUUAUAAUGCCAUCAUACGAUGAAUGAGUGAUCAGCAGUGGUUUUGACAAAACUUAAUUUGGGGGGAGGGGACACAAAUUAAAUUUUAAGUUAAAAUACUGAUGAAAUUAUUGGACGCUUAGACAAAAAAUAUCGAUUUUGCUCUAACCGCUCAGAAUCGUUUUCUCAUGCUCGUAUAUUAGGAUGCAGUGAUUUAUCAUUCAGUUCAAAUUUAAUUCGCAUCCAUUAUAUUAUAGUGACGAGAUAGGUACAUUCUACUCCUCUUGUACAGCGGCGAGCGAAUUAUUUUUUUUAAUUAGAAUUGCAUUUUUUCAUCAAUCGUUUACGUUUUCCAAUUUUUUCCGCUCUUUUUAAAAACAUUUUUAAAUUCUUAUAUGGCCCGACUAGAAAACAACGUUCGUGCCUACGAACAAUUAUGUCGAUCGCAAAUAAACACAAGCACCGAUGGCAUAUUUUAAGUAUAUUUACAUCAUAAUAUAGGCACAAUGUAGGUACUUACAUAAUAUAUUAUACAACACACUGCAGUCUAUAGAGUGUAACAGAAACAACUGAUAUCAGUGAAAUUAAAUACCAAACCCCCUCGGUUUGGUAUUUAACCCACUAAUAAAUGUAUUAUUUAUAUAUACUUACCCCCUCCCCUCUUUUAAUAAUCCUGCAGGCUAUGCCACUAAUAUUAUAUGAUUGACCAACUAUACCUAAGUUUUCUCGUACAAUCAAUAUUUAAAAAUAUAAUUUUUUAUGAUCAUAACAAUAUUUUACAAUAAAAAAAUAUAUACAUAUAUUGCUUAGAAUAAUCAACAAAUAGAACAACAAUUUCUACUAUUAUUAGUUAUUAUCUACUAUUUACAUAUUAUUAUUCAUAGUUGUUUAGAACAUUUUUCAUUUAUUAGUUGUUUCUAUUACACACUGUAUAGUGUAUAUUAUAUCUAAUAAUAUUAUGUUUAUAUUAAAUGUUAAAGUUAUUUUUUUUUGUGUAUAUGUGGUGGGAGGAGUAUCUACAUUUUUUCACUCCGUUGUACUUAACGAUGGGGUACACUCGAUAUAGCGGAGUGUCUGUUUAAAUGUUGAACUAUUAAAAACAAUUAACUAUGUACCGUGUGAGAGAGGGGAGGGGGGUCCUAUCCUUCACCACUACGGAACGCGUAGGUAAUACAAAAAUGCCCUCUAACAUCAAUUACAGCACGAAAUUUGUAUAUUCACGCUGUGUAUUUAAAUAAUGUAAUAUUAAUAAUUAUAAUAUAUACGAAAAUCCGUUUCUCUCCUACCGUCGCGAUGGUCUGGGACAUGAUGUAGGUGUAAAUAAUAAUAAUAAUAAUAUCGCGGUACACAUAUUUUCACGACUUAUCGUGUAGGUAGGUACCUACCGACCUAUACCUAUAUGAUAUACGACGCCCGCCCGCCGUGUGAUUUUCACGUUGUACAGCCACCACCACCGCGGUCGUGGUAUAUACACAAUAUUAUUAUUAUUACUAUGUAGGAGUACCUAUAUACCUAUGGUAUAGUGUACGCGAGGUAUAUCAUUAUCAUAACCCUCGGGGAAGCGACUCGGCUGUUAUUAUAAUAUCACGGUGGCGGCGUCGACGCGGCGCCUUGAGACACACUCGUGUAGUAAAAUAAUUUAGCCGAUGUAUAUCCGAAGUUUUCACUUGUAAGCCGUUUGCCCUUUGGCGCUAAACCGUAUACGUUAUGUGUACUACCUUUACUCGAUGCGUUUCAAUGGCGUCUCGAACGUCCACGGUUCUGUUGGGCAUUUUAAUUUUACUUUUAUCCCAUUGAAAUGUACAACCAAUCUCGUACUU